UCUGGUUGUCUGGUUGAGUGAGUGUUUUGAUCACUGACCUAAACUCUUCAGAUUCACGAGAUUUACACACAGUCUUUUCAGACUAUUCACAGUUUACACACAUUGUGUCAUCAGUAUAAUCAGAGGAUGUCUACAACAGCUGAGCGCAGAGAAUCUGAGCGUGCGCCUGUCGCUCGAGCGGCCUGGGCUUCGAGAGAAUCGAGCUUCGAGAGAAUCGAUCUGAACGAAGAAAUGAAGCACCGCUCAGCAGACAAAGGGAAGAAGGUGAAAGCGGUGCGUGUCUUCCUCCAGAAGCUGUGUCCAGACAGAGUGCUGCGUCUCUCAGCACAGACGGACGCUCAUCUGGACCACCCCGAGGUGACGGCUGUCCCGGGUCCCUCGGCCGCUCCGGAGCUGCUGUGUCUGCCGGGUCAGGUGUGUGAAGAUCCGGAGAUCAGAGAGCCAACGCUUCGUCCGGAUCCAUCCGCUCUCAGCCUCGCUCACAAUGUGAGGAAGAGGAGAGCAGUGUGUGUGUUCUUCCGGAGAGCGUGUGAGUGUGUGAAGCAGCUCUUCCCCUGCUGUGACCCGGACAGAGUCCAGCCUCCUAAAGCAGAGCCGGACCUGGACCGACCCCAGCUCGUUCUGCCGGAGCAGGACCUCCAGUCGUCUCCUGAGGAAGAAGCUCCCUCCGAGAUCCAGCCCCACGAUGCAGUUCUGUCCGGUCCAGUGUCCGGUCCAGUGGUCAGUCCAGUGGUCAGUCCAGUGUCCAGUUCGGUGUCGAUCGGGUCAGAAACAGCACCGGACACAGUGUUGCCUGAUCCAGAAAUCCAGCUGCCUCAAGGAUCCAUCGUGUCUUUGUUUGAAGUGGGACAUCUGAUCGCGUCCGGGAACUUCAGCAAGGUCUACGAGGGGACACACAUAUUCAGCGACAACGUGAAGGUUGCUCUGAAGUGUGUCCCCAAGCGCAGAGCGGACCGCUACCUUGACAUUCCUGGUCACUCCAGACCGGUGCUUUGCUGAAGUGGCUCUGAUGCUGCGGCUGGGAGAAGCUCCCUCGUGCCCCAACAUCACGG